UUAAUCUUUCCAUUGUCCGUUAUUGAAUCAAAUGUUUAUUUGCAUUAUAAUCUAAAAAGAAUGCAUUUACCAUUUCUGCUUUUCUGCAUGGCCCUAACAUAUGGCCAGUUUUUAUGUAAGUGCUAUGUAGUGAUCAGAAGUAUAUUCCUUUUUUAUUCCCAGUGUUCUCCAAAAAUCUAUCAUAUCUAACAUUUUCAGAAUUUUAUUUACCUCCUUAAUUUCUUUCUUGUUUACUUUUUGAUUAGAUUUAUUAAAUUCUGAGAGGGGAAAGUUGAGAUCCUCCCACUAAUAUACUUUUAUUAUCUAUUUUCUCCUAUGACUCAUUCAACUUUUCCUUAGAUGCUGUACUGCUUGGUGCAGUAUGUUUAGUAUGGUAUCUUUCAGCAAUAUAUACUUCCCUUGUUAAUUGAAUCUAUCUUUGCUUUGCUUUGUCUGAGAUGAUUGCUACCCCAGUUUCUUUGCUUCAGCUGAAGCAUAAUAGAUUCUGCUCCAGCCCCUUACCUUUACCCUGUGUUUCUUGUAAACAGCAUAUUUUAAGAUUCUGGUUAAGAUUCUGGGUUCAUUCUGUCUGCUUCCAUUUUAUGAGUGAGUUCGUCCCAUUCACAUUUAUUGUUAUGAUAACUAACUCUGUAUUUCCCUCCAUGCUGUUUUCUCGUAUUUCACCCCCUUUCUUAUCCCCCUACCUUUCCCUUUCCACAAGCGUUUCACUUCUGAUUACCCCAUUCCCAAUACACUCUUGCUUUUACGGCUCCCUUCCCCUUCUGUGAUCCUCAUCUCCUUUUGCUUUCCUGUAGGGUAAGGCAGAUUUCCAUAUCCAUGUAUGUGUAUGUGCUAUACCCUCUUUGAGCCACCUUUCUUUCCAUUAUAAUAGCUUUUUCAUGACUCUUUCACGUGGGAUCAAUUUUUUUCAGACCUUUAUUUGGGGGGAGGGGAGGGUUCCACCCUAGCAAAAUCAUUUUAUAUCCCUCUGUCGGUAUAUACUCCUCCUAAUUGCUUUUAUAGUAAUAAAGCUGUUAGACUUAAUCUUGCCACAUGAAAGCACAGUUCAACCUUAUUGAAUUUCUUGCAUUUUCUUUCUUUUUUAUGUUCCUUCCACCUUGGAUCAGGAAUGCUGGGAAAGCCUCCAGUUGGUUAAAUGCCCACUUCCCCCAGAAAGCUGAUGCCCAAGUUCGCCGGGCAGGAGAUUUUGGGGGGCAAUCCCUUUGCCUUCCAGCAUAUCCUAUUCCCGGCCUCUGUCCUUGACCUUGGAAGCUGCUGCAUCACACGCAAUCCCGACUGCUGGGAGCACAGCAAGAAACAAGCAGCGCCCGGGGUCCCCCGGGGGAGAUUCCGGCCCAAGUAGCCACACCUCCGGGCCAGGGCGGAGAAGCAAGCCGGGAGGGCCCCGGGGAGGUGGCCGCCCCUCAGCUGGGACAAACAGGGGAAGCUUGGGACAAAGGGAAGGAGUCGGGGUGAGGGCGGGGGCGCGGCCCGUGGGCUAGCACAGAGCGGAGCCUGGGCCCGCAACCUGGGGCCACAAAGUCUGGCUCUCCCUUCCCCCCAGCCGACCACUGCCCCGGGGCGAGGGGGCCAAAGCAGGCGACGCUUAAGAGCCGGUCAAACCUAUUUGUGACCCUUUACUGCCGCGGAGGGGCCUGUAACGGGACCACCCGGGCAGCCGCCCCUCAGGGACAGGACGGGGGUUUCUGACUAGCGGGGGCGGGGCUGCCCACGACCCCCGCGGGGGCGGGGCCCAGGGGGUUCACAUCACUGGGACUUCCGACUGGGCGACCCCCCCAGAGCUCAGUGACCCCUCUCAGAGCCCAGGGGUCAGUUCUUCAGUUUUUCUCUGCCCAGCAUACCCACUACUCCGCCUAAAUGGCCAAGAGCCGGCAGGACUCUGCACAUGCGCAGAGGGCUCCGCGAACUACAUUUCCCAGAAAGCCGUGUAGCUCGAGGGACUCCGGCUCUGCCUGUGGCGUUACGUCAUUGCCGCCGCCGCCGCCGCCGCCUGGGCUCUUGCUAGUCGCGGCCGCCAGAGCCCUGCCCCGUUCUGAACCGGUGUCGGUUCCGAGCCCCUGGCCUCGGACCGGGCAGGACGUCCCGGCGCCCGCUGCUGCCCCUCCCGCGCAGAAGCAGCCCACGGGGAGGAGGAGAUGGCCCCCAUGUUCCUGGCGGACAGCGCCUCCCGGGGCUCUGUGACCUUUGGGGACGUGGCCGUGGACUUCUCCCAGGAGGAGUGGGGGCACCUGGACCCCGCGCAGAAGGAGCUGUACCGGGAGGUGAUGCUGGAGAACUACCGGAACCUGGUGGGCCUGGGACUCGCAGUUUCCAAACCCCGUGUGAUUGAGCAGUUGGAGCGAGGGGAAGCACCGUGGACGCCAUGGGGAGGGGUCCCGAGGAGCUGCGGUCCAGAUUUGAUGACUAUAUUGGAAAUCAAGGAAUCAUAUCUAAAACGGGAUUUCUCUUUGGAAAACUCAUCCCAAGAAAGAUUGAUAAGCGACAGUGCAUAUUUCUUCAAGUUGGAAGAAGUCUGUGAAUUUGAUGCCAUGUCAGAAAGACAACAGACUAAUAAUGAAAAACUAUACCAGCAAAUAAAAAUGAUCCAAAACAAACUUCCAGAUGAAGUGAGAGGUAAUAAACAUGAAAAAAAUGGCAGACACUUCAUAUCAAGGCCAAUACUUUUUCCACCACAGGGUGUAAGCAUAGGAAAAAGUCUCUGGGAAUGUGAUAUUUAUAGAAAAAGCUUAAACUCCCAUAUAAAAAAAUAUAAGAGAACUUCUUCCAAGAGUAAUAUUUUAAAGUAUAAUGAACUUAGUGACUGCUUAAGUUAUAAUUCAGAUCUUACUGAAAAUGAUAGACUUCAUUUUAGAGGGAAACCUCAUGAAUGUAGUGAAUGUGACAAGGUUUUCUGUCAGAGCACAGAGCUUAUUCAACAUCAGAGAAUUCAUACUGGAGAAAAACUCUGUAAGUGUAACGAAUGUGGGAAGUUCUUCCGAGGAAGCAGAAAUCUUAUACUCCAUCAGAGAAUUCACACUGGAGAGAAACCAUAUGAAUGUAAAGAAUGUGGGAAAUUCUUCCGCCAAAGUGCACAUCUCAGUGUGCAUCAGAGAAGUCACACUGGAGAGAAGCCUUAUGAAUGUAAUGAGUGUGGGAAGGCUUUCACUCGAAGUAGAAGCCUUAUUCUCCAUCAGAAAAUUCAUGCUGGAGAGGCACCAUAUGAAUGUAAUGAUUGCGGAUCAUUCAAAAAGAAAACUUUUGAAUGUAGUGAAUGUGGGAAGGCUUUCUGUCGAAGUACAGAACUUACUCUUCAUCAGAGAAUUCACACUGGAGAAAAACCAUAUAAAUGUAAUGGAUGUGGGAAGUCCUUCCACCAGAAUUCACAUCUUAUUGUACAUCAGAGAAGUCAUACUGGAGAGAAGCCUUAUGAUUGUAAGGAAUGUGGAAAGGUCUUCAGCCAGAGUAGAAACUUGAUUCUUCACUGGAGAAUUCACAUGGGAGAGAAACCUUUUGAGUGUAAUGAAUGUGGGAAAGCCUUUCACCAGAGUUCACACCUUACUCAACAUCAGAGAAUUCAUAGUGGGGAAAAGCCAUAUGAGUGUAAUCAAUGUGAAAAGGUCUUCCACAGGAAAGCAAAACUUAUUGAACAUCAGUCAAUUCACACUGGAGAUAAGCCUCACAAAUGUAGUGAAUGUGGGAAAGCUUUCCGACUGAGCUCACAGCUUAGUAUACAUCAGAGAAUUCAUUUUGGAGAAAAACCUUAUAAAUGUAAUGAAUGUGGGAAAGUCUUUAAUCGGAACAAAAACCUUAAGAUACAUCAGAGAAUUCAUACUGGAGAGAAACCAUAUGAAUGUAAUAAAUGUGAAAAGGCCUUCCGCCAGAACUCAGACCUUACUCAACAUCAGAGAAUUCAUACUGGAGAUAAACCUUAUGAAUGUAACAAAUGUGGGAAGGCCUUUACCCGGAAUAGAAGUCUUACUCUUCAUCAGAAGAUUCAUACUGAAGUGAUACCAUAUGAAUGUGGAAAGACUUUCUGUCAACGCACAGAUUUUACUCUCCCUCAACGAAUUCACACUGAGGAGAAACUUUAUAAAUGUAAUGAAUGUGGAAAGUUCUUUUAUAAAAUUGCCCUUUUUGCUGCCCAUCAAAGAAAUCAUGCUGACAAGAAGCCUCAUGAAUGCAAGGAAUGUGGAAAGGCAUUCCGGUUGAACUCACAACUUAAUAUACAUCAGAGAAUCCAUCUUAAGGAAAAACCUUAUAAAUGUAAUGACUGUGGGAAGGUCUUUAGACAGAAGACAAACCUUCAGGCACACCAGAAAAUCCAUUCUGGAGAGAAACCAUUUAAGUGUAACAAAUGUGAACGGGCCUUCCGCCAGAAAUCAGACCUUUUUCAACAUCAGAGAAUUCAUGCUAGAAGAGAGAAAUCUCAUGAAUGUAGUGAGUGUGGGAAGCUCUUUGUCCAGAGCAGAAGUCUUACCCUUCAUCAAAAGAUUCACACUGGAGAGACACCAUAUGAAUGUGGGGAAUGUGGGAAGGCUUUCUGCCGCAGCACAGAACUUAUUCUCCAUCAAAGAAUUCACACAGGGGAAAAACCUUACAAAUGCAAUGAAUGUGGGAAGUUCUUCCGCCAGAGUGCACAUCUUACUGCCCACCAGAGAAGUCAUACUGGAGAGAAGCCUUAUGACUGUAAGGAUUGUGGAAAGGCAUUCAGAAUGAGCUCCCAACUUAUUCUCCAUCGGAGAAUUCAUCUGGGAGAAAAACCAUACAAAUGUAAUGAAUGUGGGAAGUUCUUCCGGCAAAAUGCACAUCUUAUUUCACACCAGAGAAUUCAUACUGGAGAGAAACCAUAUAAGUGUAACAAAUGUGAAAAGGCCUUCCGCCAGAGUUCAGAUCUUACUCAGCACCAGAGAAUUCAUUCCAGAGGAGAGAAAUCUUAUGAAUGCAGUGAGUGUGGGAAAGUCUUUGUCCGAAGCAGAAGUCUUACUUUACAUCAGAAGAUUCACAAUGGAGAAACACGAUAUGAAUGUCAUGAAUGUGGGAAGAUUUUUUGCCGAAACGCAGAACUUAUUCUCCAUCAGAGAAUUCACACUGGGGAGAAACCUUAUAAAUGUAAUGAAUGUGGGAAGUUCUUCCGCCAAACUGCACAUCUUACUGCCCAUCAGAGAAGUCAUACUGGAGAGAAGCCUUAUGACUGUAACGAAUGUGGAAAGGCCUUCAGAAUGAGCUCCCAACUUAUUCUCCAUCGGAGAAUUCAUCUGGGAGAAAAGCCUUAUAAAUGUAAUGAAUGUGGAAGUUCUUCCGACAGAGGCCACAUCUCGUGGCACAUCAAACAAUUCAUACUAGAGGGAAACCUAAUGAAUGUGGACAAGAACUUGGCCAAAACUUAAGUCUUAUUCAACAUCAGACAGUUCCUACUUGAAAGACACCAUACAAACAUGGGGAGGCAUUUCAGAGUCUGGAGCUUCUCUCUGACAUCAGCCAGUUCAUUCUGGAGAAACUCGAUAAGUAUAUUGGAGGUGAGUAGGCAUUCCAUCUGAGCUGACAACUUGGGGUGCCAUACUAUUGAUGUUAGAGUAAACUCUGAAAUGUAAUGAAUGUGGAAAGAUCCUCUUGAGAGAAGCUAUAGUGUACUUUAAAAAACUCACGAGAGCCAGGCUUAGGGACUGGACCUGUUGCUUCGUUGAUGCAGGAAACUUGAGGAAGAAACUAUGGAAUUGGGCUUUGUGCCUCCUCUGCCUUGGGAAAACCAGCUGAUGUCUCCAGGUAAACACAUGUAUGUGUGUCAGUGGUGGUACUUGUGACCAAAUCUUUCUGACUUUGAGACAAGCUCUUUCUGCAAGGCCAUAUUGACCAUGGUAUUAUCUUACUUAGCAUUUUGGCCUAAGCUUAAAAUUUAUUGGCUAUCAGAAUUUAUCUUGAAGAAAAGCCUUGCAAAUGAGUAAUGAAUAUCUUCAGGUUUUUGACAAAAAAGAAAACUUUAUGUAUAUCAGCUAAUUGAUAAUGGAGAGAAACCUAAAUUCAUUAAAUGUGAGACAGUUUUCUAUUAGAACACAGAAUUUAUUCUCUAAAGAAUUCAUGUUAGAAAGAUAAUGGGGGCAGCUAAGCAGUGCAGUGGAUAGAGCACCAGCCCUGAAGUCAGGAGGACCUGAGUUCAAAUCUGGCCUCAGACACUUAACACUUCCUAGCUGUGUGACUCUGGGCAAGUCACUUAACCCAGUUGCCUCAGCAAAAAGCAAAAAAAAAUGAGUGUGGGAGAGUAUUUAAGGUGAUGCUACUAUAGUUCAUUCAGCAAAAUAUGUUUCAUACGAGAUAGAAACUUUAUGAAUGUAAUGAAUAUCAGCAGUUUUUGUCAGCACACACCUUAUGACAGAUAAAUGUUGCUGGGCAGUUUAAUAUAAGUCCUUUCAACUGAGAACAUUUCCUCAACAUAAGAGUUCACAUUAGAAAAACUUAAUUUUUAGGGAAAGUUAUUCUUCCAGAUGCCUUAUUUUUCCACAUCUAUACUGGAGAGAGAAACCUGCUUUUGAUGAAUAUAGAAAGUCCUUCAAAGCACAGAACUUGUGCAUUUCAGUCAUAUCCAACUUUUCAUGAUUCCAUUUGGGGUUUCCUUGAUAAAAAUACUAGAGUGGUUUACUAUUUGCCAGCUCCUUUUUAAAAAAUAGAUUUUUAAAAUAAAAUUUUUAAAAGCGAGAAGAUGAGUCAUCCUGAUUCCACCUAGCUCACUUAUUGAUCUUAUUGUAAAUUAAUUCUUAUUGUAGAGAAGACAUUCAUAUCCAUUCAUAAGAAUGGAUAACUUCAUGAAUAGAAUUAAAGAUAAAAGGUUUAGAUAAAAAAUAUACAUUGUUUGAUGGACUGUGGUAAGAUAAUACUGAUGCAUUAUUAAGGGAGAUAUCAGUUGGUCCAACUAUCCUGGAAAGCAAUUUGACAUGAGUCUAAUAUUUACUAAACUGCUGAUCUAAUCUCACUCUCUAUCCCCCAAAAUCAGAGAUACAUAGAAUCUAUAUUUACAAGUUUUUACAUCAGCACUUUUUGUUGUAGCAAAAAAUUGUAACUCAAGCAGAUGUCCACCUUGUAGGAAAUCACCAAAUUUUGGCAUAUGAAUGAAAUGAAAAUUGCUGAACUGUAAGGAAUAAUGAUCACAAUAAAUUUGGAAAAAAUUAGGACCUGUAUGAACUCAUGGAAAAUGAAGUAAACAGAAACAUGAAACCAAUUUACAUAAUGAUCACAAUAAUUUAAAAUAAAAUAACUUUGAAAGACACUUGUCAAAACAGUGACCAAACUACAGAUAUACAAUUAGAUAAAUUUUUAGACAUAGGUAUUAUGUCUGGGGAGGAAAUUAAGUUACAUCUGUUAUGACGAAAGACUUUUUCUGGUUGGUGUGAGUUUGUGAGUAAUGAUAGUUUUUUUUUUUUUUUUAAAUAAACUUUUUAUUGACAGAACCCAUGCCAGGGUAAUUUUUUACAUUAUCCCUUGCACUCACUUCUGAUUUUUCCCCUCCCUCCCUCCACACCCUCUCCCAGAUGGCAAGCAGUCCUACACAUAUUAAAAAUGUCACAAUAUAUCCUAGAUACAAUAUAUGUGUGCAGGACCGAACAGUUCUCUUGUUGCACAGGGAGUAUUGGAUUCAGAAGGUAGAAAUAACCUGGGGAUGGUAGUUUUUUUUUUUUUUUUUUAAAGAAUGUUAAAAUAUUUUAAAAGUUUCCCUCAAAAAAAAAGAUAUUUUAGGCAAUUUUGUUUCUAGCAUGUUAAAUUCUGUGUAUGCUCUAAAGAAGCAAACUCUGUUAAACAGAAGUUAAUGGGCCCUAUGAAAUCAUCCUUUUUUGUUCUUUGUAUAAUGAAAUGCUUUAUGAAGAAUUGUUAAUUUUUUUAAUGUAAGUUAAAGAGAAAACCACAAUGAAUGUAGUGAAUGUGAGAAAAUCUGAAUCAGUAAAACCUCUAAAGGAAGCAGGUCUUUGUUUCAUAGCACUGGUUUCAAUAAAUGUUUGAGGGGGAGAGGAAGGAUUCUUGUCUAUCUUA